AUGAUGGAUAAAAGUACUCUUGCGAUUGCUGUCGUUCAGCGCCAAGUUAUGAUUGUUCAAGCCUCUCGCACGCACGGCCCUCGUGAGCAGUGGCUCGACGUGCAAACAUAUGCGUCUUUCGGCGAUCGAUUAUUCCUAGCAUCUACUGUGCCACACGCACGUAUUUCAAGCCGUGACGUCCUUGCAAUCUUCCCAGCUACCGAUGUUUUCCGCGUCCCAGUAAACGGCAUGCUUGAAUUACCUCCACAGGCUUUUGCCGAAUACCUCGAAUUGAGCACUAUGUGCUUCAAGCGACACGAGAUGCUCUGGAGUAUUCACCAGGACGAAAGGGUCAAGGAAAGGUGGUGGAAGGCUGCCUCAAGGCUGCCAUUACUCCGCUCUUGCUGA